UUAACACCGCCCUCCUCCGGGCUGCGCGCACUCACAUGCCUCCCAUGUGCUUCUCCUCGCUUGCUCUGUGACUCCGCCCAGCUCCUCCUCUGCUGUUAUGAAAGCACAGCAGUGGGUGUGUCAUUCAGAGUUGUCCUGCUGCACGGCUCGGGAGCUGAAUCACAAUGCUUCGCGUCACAACCGCCUCCAUGUGCACCUACUGCCAGAGGAUGAGGCUCCUCCUUCCUCCCUCUGCCUCCGCCUCCACAAUGACGUCCCCCUACAAAAGACUGGAGAACCAGCUCACAGUGGACUCCCUCUAUCAGCUGUCGGUGGACAUCCGAAAGGUGCGCAAGUUGAAGGGCUGGGUUCUGUCUGAGAGCUCGGCCUAUGUGUCUGAGACUGCUGACCUGCUGAGGGACUUGGGCGCAGACACAACAGUGAUCGCACGCAUCCUGGAGACUCACCCUGAAGCUGUCCUGUGUCGGCCGGAGGACGUGGCUGCCCAGCGAGACCUGUGGGUGUCCGUGUGCCCCAACAAGCGGGAACUGAUGAGCAUCAUUGAGAAGUUCCCGGCUUCUUUCUUCACGUUAACUCACCACAACAACCAGCAGGCGAACAUCCUCUACCUCCAGAGUCUCCGCCUCAGCAACAGGAUCAUCGGCAAGUUGAUGGCCAGUGCCCCGCAGAGCUUCAGUCGACCCGUGGAGCUGAACAAGGAGGUCAUCCACACUCUGAGGGAGACCUACCUGGACCUGGGAGGACAUGAGGGCAACCUGCGCGUCUGGCUGCAGAAGCUCCUCAGCCAGAACCCGUUCAUCCUGCUGCGGCCUGCCGAAGCCUGGAGGGACAGUCUGGGCUUUCUGAGGGAGCGGGGCUUCACCACAGAAGAGCUCCUCAGCCUGGUCUCGAGCCUCCGAGCCUCCAUCGCAGAGCUGCAGCCAGAGGCCAUGGAGCAGGCGCUGGCGUACAUCGAGGGGGCUCUCGCCUGCUCCAAGGACGAACUCAAGCAAAUAGUGAUCCGCUGCCCGGCCAUUUUGUACUACUCCGUGCCCACCCUGAUGGGGCGCUUCCAAGGACUGAUGGAUGUCGGAGUGUGCAUGGAGCAGGUGAAGGAGUCCCCAAACGUCCUGGAGCUCACCACGCAAAUCGUGCUUUAUCGCAUCCAGAAGCUGGCCUCCUACGGGUACGACGUGCGCUCUGGCAGCCUGGACGUUAUUGUGGGAACUAAGAAGGACUUUGAGAUGACUUACGGCAAGCUGCAGCUCAGGCAGCAGCGGCCGCUCUUUAACCCUGUCGCUCCACUCAGAUCUGUUGAGGAGUGAAUAGGAGUGGUUGUGGGAAAAAUUAACGUUUUGCGAAUGUUAUUUGGUGCUGAUUUUGGGUAGGGGUUCAUGACUUUACGUUCGUGCACGAGACACAGAAAAGGAGGCAGUUUGAAAUACCAAACCUCCACCAAUGCAGUACUUUAAGUAAUGAGAACAACUGUAUUAUGAAACGAAUUCGUUUCAGCCUGUGGCCUUCGCCAGUGCUCCUGAUGUGAUGCUGAGACACAGCUGAGGGCUCUUAUGAAAAUAUGACACUGUGACUGUUCUGAAAUUGUACUUGACUUAAGGCCACAUCCACACUACUACACAGUCUCCACACACAAGCGUUUUAGCAUUUUCAGAAUUAAUCUCCAUCCAUAUCCAUUUCUGCUCGUCCAGAUUAAAACACAACCCAGGAGUUUUCAGACUAACAUGGUGUCAGCAGCGUUUUCAAAGGUCCCAGUUUCAGGGUUUCCAAAACACCAGAAUAGUGUGGACACCAGGCAUAAACAUAGCAAUAGUAGGUUUUAAAAGAAACAUGCAUUAGUGUGGAUGUCGCCUAAGAGACACAUACACAUACUGUAUGCCAAGGAAUAUACCCACAAACAUUGAACCAGUGAUGCAUGGACGUGAGUGCCAAUCAAAUGAAAGGCUGUCACUCUUGUAAUGUAAGAUUCACUACUAUGAUUAACAAUUUUUGUAACUGAACUUCAGAUGAACAAAAAUGCCACGUGUAAAUUUGUACGUUUUUAAAUUAAAUUUUUAAGUGUCAAAAA